UUGGAUGUUGCGGGCGCAAUUUGAGAUUUAGAAGGACGAAAUUGCACCUUCGCUAAAAGUUUGGGGGUCAAUACGACUUCCAAACGAGAAGUAAAAACCUAGUAGGCCGAAUAACUCCCCUGAGUCCGACUUCAAGCCAACUCACUGAACUGACUGAGUUAAUCUCCGGCGAUCUCGCAAUCGCACUGACCUCCAUUGCAGGAAGUUGGUUGAAUCAAGAGGACACAAAAGAUGCCACUUUACGACUGUAUGCUUUUACUGAAACCCCAUGUAAAGAAGGAGGCUCUGAUGGACCUUGUUGCAAAGGUCGGGAAGCAUGUUUAUCGAAGAAAUGGUGUGCUUGCAGAUUUAAAGUCAUUUGGAACUGUUCAACUGGGUUAUGGCAUUAAGAAACUAGAUGGAAGAUACUAUCAGGGUCAACUGAUGCAAAUGACAGUGAUGACACCACCCAGUUUAAACAAAGAGCUGCAUUACCUGAACAAAGAAGACCGCUUGCUUCGCUGGCUUUUGGUUAAGCAUCGAGACGUCAAAUUUGGAUCGGACUUUUUGAGUGAAGAUGAUUCCAAGGCUGAACUAAGCAAGUUCCGGAGCAACUUGUAUGAAGAUGAAGAAGAAGAUGAUGAUGAUGACGACGACGAGGAUGAAACAGAUGAAACCGAGAGAAACAAAGUGUAGAAGGCUGAUGAAUUUCACUAUGAGCUCACACCUUUUUUGCCUGUUCGUCAGCAAUCAUUGUACCAUCUCAAUGAACAUAAUUGUUUGCCAAGAAGCUACGUGGAGUCUGGCUAAGAAUUUUGUAGUGCAUGGCUUUUGUUGCCUAGAGACUAGUUACUACAGUUUAAUUUUCUCAAAUGAUUUCAAAACUCGGUAGCACAUGGAAAUUCGCAUGGAUGAAAAAGACAGUAAAUUUUGUUUGGGGCAAGUGCAUAGAUAGGCGUUCUCAUGGAUGUUAUUUAGAGAUUAGUCUGUCCUGAAAAACUGAAAUUGAUGACGCAUUGACUAAUUUCUAAAUAGCAGCCCUCUAGAAUGACUACCUCGUGUCAUUUCUACACUUUUUAUUUUGUUUAAUCAAUAAACCCAACUUUUGGGAGUGAGGUGAUCCAUUGUAAUCAAAUACCGGAAAAAGACUUACACGUACUUGGUGUCUGUAGCAAAUAAAUGAAUGUAUAACACACAUUUUUAAUAUAUGCUUUUCCUUAA